GACCGACGCUCGCGGCUGCGUUCCGAGCGGCUCGCGCUUUUGGCCGGGUCCCCGCCGAGGAUCGUCCAGCUGACGCAGGGAUCGCAAGACGCACGACGAUGCCGGCAGGGACGUCGCUCGGCACACCGCUGUUGCGGUUCCUGGUCGUCCUCAAUGCGGCGGUCUUCGUCAGCAGGGCCAGCAACGAGGUUGGCGCGCACUCUGCUCACGGCGUAGACCCGAGACUGGAAGCCCUUCUCGGGGGUCCUGGUGCGAGCUUUCCGAGCUUGAAGAUCUUCGGAAUCAAAUUGCCGAGUCGAAAGGCGGUAGAAGUCUCCUCUUUUAAGGUUCACAUGGACAGCUCCAUGGGCUCGAAACGCCCGAAGAAGCGCGCCCAUACCGACGGUGGAGCCCCCGAACGCAAGCACCGCAAAGGAUCGCGUGGACGACGUCCGCCGUACAUAGUCGUCGAGUCCACGAGCAAUGGCGAGGUUCUCGGCAAGUCCCUGCUGCGGAAUCCUUUCUUCUCCGACCUCUUCAAGUUGCACGGCUACCCCACUAGCGAGAACAACAGCGUCGUGGGUCCCCGCUACGUCGUGAACAGCGGUGUCGGCCACAAGAACAAGAGCGUUAAUCCCCUCAUCAUCAUCGUUCGCCGGCGCUCGGCGCGAAACGAGUCCGAGAGAUCUGCGGAGAGGUUGCUCGGCACCAAGGUAGCGGAACUGCACCAACCUGGCGGCCACGAGUCCAGGGACGAAACCGAAAGCCGCCAGAGGGCGGCUGCCGAAGCGGCGAUCAACAUCAUCAAGAAGGUCAUCCUGAACAAGAUGAUGUCUUCGAGUCGCUCGGGCGGCGACAAGUCGAAGCCCUGUAAGAAUGGCUCUGCUCUGAACGCCGCGAUCAUCUCGCCGGCGAUGUUGUGGCCCCGCAAGCAGCAGUUUCCUCCGGUCUUCUUCGAAGAAAGUGGCAAGGGCAGCUACAGGCGCGCCGCGCCGGUUAUGCCCAAGAUCGAGGUUUCCUUCGAGUUCCAGGAGGUCAGGUACGGGGGUGGCGCUGUGUCGGGAGCAGGCUCGGCGGCGGAUCUACUCUUCCCUGCUUCGCCGUACGACCGCCGACCUCCGGACGCGACGGUCGCCUACGGGGCGGUCCUUGUGAUCAGCAUGAUAGCGCUCCCGAUCACCAUCAUCGGCCUACUCCGAGUGCUCAGCCGUUACCCGAGAGCGAUGACGGGUGCCAAGAAGACGAUCUUCAGGUUGCCCUGCGAAGCACCCGUGUACGCUCGAGAACCCGAGCCCAACACCAAGGACCUGAACAUCACGGGAUCUCUGCUGGAAGAUCCUAUCUCCAUCACGGUCAACAGCUACUUUCCCGGCACGCCACGGCCAGCUUUGGUGCAGCCGCCCAAGCAAACCACCGUAUAAAAUUGAGAGAGACAGAGAAUGGGGAACAAGAGGGGGGGGAGAAAAUAGAGAAAGCGGUUGCUUGUGAGGACUUCUGUUUUUUUUUUUUUUUUCUCUCUGCCACAUUUACCACCAAUGAGUGCCGGGAUUUU